AUGCCGGUGCUUUCCACAGCCCGGCCUUCCAGGGUGACCACACUGAAGCGCGCCACCCUGGGCCUGGCCCUUGCCGCCUAUGGAGCCCACAGACUGUACCCGCUGGUGCGGAGGUGCCUACUGGCGGCCAGGGGCCCUCCCGGGCCGCUCGAGGCCUCGCAGGAGCAGGAGCCCUCGCAGGAACAGGACGCCUCGCAGGAGCCCUCGGGGUCAGCUGCCGGGGCCACGGCCGGCGUGAACCGCGUGUUCCUGCGGCGCCUCGCGUGGCUGCUGCGCCUACUCUUUCCCCGGCUCCUGUGCCGCGAGGCCGGGCUGCUGGCGCUGCACUCGGCCGCCCUGGUAAGCCGGACCUUCCUGUCUGUGUACGUGGCCCGCCUCGACGGCCGCCUGGCCCGCUGCAUCGUGCGCAAGGACCCCCGCGCCUUUGGCUGGCAACUCGUGCAGUGGCUGCUCAUCGCCCUGCCUGCCACCUUCGUCAACAGUGCCAUCCGCUACCUGGAGGGCCAGCUGGCCCUGGCCUUCCGCAGCCGCCUGGUGGCCCACGCCUACAGCCUCUACUUCUCCCACCAGACCUACUACCGUGUCAGCAACAUGGACGGGCGCCUCCGCAACCCUGACCAGUCGCUGACCGAGGACGUGGUGGCCUUCGCGGCCUCCGUGGCCCACCUCUACUCUAACCUGACCAAGCCGCUGCUGGACGUGGCCGUGACCUCCUACACGCUGCUGCGGGCCGCCCGCUCCCGCGGGGCUGGCACGGCCUGGCCCUCGGCCAUCGCCGGCCUCGUGGUCUUCCUCACGGCCAACGUGCUGCGGGCCUUCUCGCCCAAGUUUGGGGAGCUGGUGGCCGAGGAGGCGCGGCGGAAGGGGGAGCUGCGCUACAUGCAUUCUCGUGUGGUGGCCAACUCGGAGGAGAUCGCCUUCUACGGGGGCCACGAGGUAGAGCUGGCCCUGCUGCGACUCUCCUACCAGGAUCUGGCCUCACAGAUCAACCUCAUCCUGCUGGAACGUCUGUGGUACGUCAUGCUGGAGCAGUUCCUGAUGAAAUACGUGUGGAGCGCCUCAGGCCUGCUCAUGGUUGCUGUCCCCAUCAUCACGGCCACUGGCUACUCGGAGUCAGACCCCGAGGCAGUGAAGAAGGCUGCCCUGGAGAAGAAGGAGGAGGAGCUGGUAAGCGAGCGCACUGAGGCCUUCACCAUUGCCCGCAACCUCCUCACCGCUGCGGCCGAUGCCAUCGAGCGCAUCAUGUCAUCAUACAAGGAGGUGACAGAGCUGGCUGGCUAUACAGCCCGGGUCCAUGAGAUGUUUCAGGUCUUCAAUGAUGUCCAGCAUUGUCGUUUCAAGAGGCCUGGGGAGCUGGAGGACUCCCCAAGAGGUUCUUCUGGGGCCCUUGUGAGGCCAGGUGUCCGUGUUGAAGGGCCCCUGAGGAUUCGAGGCCAGGUGGUCGAUGUGGAGCAGGGCAUUGUCUGUGAGAACAUCCCCAUCAUCACCCCCACUGGAGAAGUGGUGGUGGCAAGUCUCAACAUCAGGGUGGAGGAAGGAAUGCAUCUGCUCAUCACUGGCCCCAACGGCUGUGGCAAAAGCUCUCUGUUCCGGAUCCUGGGGGGGCUGUGGCCAGCAUACUCUGGGGUGCUCUACAAGCCCCCACCCCAGCGCAUGUUCUACAUCCCCCAGAGGCCCUACAUGUCGGUGGGCUCCCUGCGAGAACAGGUCAUCUACCCGGACUCGGUGGCGGACAUGAGGAGGAAGGGCUACUCCGAGCAGCACCUGGAGGCCAUCCUGGACAUCGUGCACCUGCACCACAUCCUGCAGCGGGAAGGAGGUUGGGAGGCUGUGUGUGACUGGAAGGAUGUGCUGUCGGGGGGCGAGAAGCAGAGGAUUGGCAUGGCCCGCAUGUUCUACCACAGGCCCAAGUAUGCCCUUCUGGACGAGUGCACCAGUGCGGUCAGCAUCGAUGUGGAGGGCAAAAUCUUCCAGGCGGCCAAGGAUGCAGGCAUCGCCCUGCUGUCCAUCACCCACCGGCCCUCACUGUGGAAGUACCACACACACUUGCUGCAGUUCGAUGGGGAGGGCGGCUGGAAGUUUGAGAAGCUGGACUCGGCGGCCCGCCUGAGCCUGACCGAGGAGAAGCAGCGCCUGGAGCAGCAGCUGGCGGGUGUCCCCAAGAUGCAGCGGCGCCUACAGGAGCUCUGCCAGCUGCUGGGCGAGAUGGCGGCCCCUGGGCAGCCCCAGGCCCUUGGUGGCCCUGGCCACGGACUCCCCACGACCACCACCACUUGA